AUAGGUACUGGUAAAUUAAAGAAGUUAGUUUCAUAUUCGAUGUUAAUCAGAAUGUUCGCCAAAUCGAAUCUCAGCAGAAAGCUAAUUGUUGUUUUAGUUUUUAUAUUGGCGUUUUCUAUAGAAGUAGAAUGUCGAAGAAAAAUAUUGCGCGGAAGAAAACUAAUAAACCGAACCUACAUGAGACAAAAUGCAGUCCCGGCAUAUGUAGUAGUCAUUUUGGUAGCCAUUGGUCAAAUAAUCAUCGGAGCCCUUCUUUACGUUCUACUGAAGAUCUGCAUAUUGGAUAAACCUCUUUCGCCUCGUUAUCAUUUAACCCAACCUACUGAUAACGAUGUUUGA